AUGUCAGGGGCUCGAGAUCUCGCGUCGCCCGUUAGUCCGAUUGACAGCGCGAACGAAGAGGAGACUCCUACGGACCAUGUUCGCGACCCCAGUUUGAGGGGUCCUCCGGCGGGUCCGGCACGGCUGUAUACCGAGACGACAAGGCCGGGUAGGUUUAGAACGACACCGCUUGCUCCAGUGCCGGUUUCGACAGCUUCACGAGGGCUUGGGCUUGGACUGGGACUGCACAGCGAUGCGGGUUCUACUAGCCCGGCUUGGGAAGAUACUCUGGAAGCUUUGGAAGAGCCAUCGAUUCCACCGCCCACGGCACAGGCUGCAAGUGGUCCGCUGCUAGACCCAGCAGCUCAAGUCCUGGUGUCGUACCCACCUGGUACCAGUGCCGAGAUUCGUUCGGGCAGCUCCUCCUUGGUUCAGGGAACCGUAGGAGGUUGGGAAUUGUUUGAAGCAUCCUCGCUUCCGUCCGCCGACCGCGGUAGUGAUCCAUUUCCGCCUUCGGGUCGACCGGCCCGAGCAAGUACAGGCCUUAGCACAGCCCGAGAAAUGGCCCUGCCUGAAAACCUCCGCCUAGACUCAGUUCCGAGUUCUUCCAUCUUGUCCACAGGAUGGCAACUCUCUACACCACCCACCAGACCCUGGCGAGCCCGCAACCCCCCGAGCGAUAGCCCCUCCUGGAGGCAGAAGGGAUACCUGGUGAUCUGUCUCGAAGACCUGGGACAGGACGAGCUGGCAUCGAGCGGAUCGACGAGGUUUCCCGGUUGGACAUUCGAGGAGUUCGACCUGGAAAGAUACACCAAGGUCAGGAACUCGCAGAAUCCCAACCCCAUGUUCCCCCGGAAUGCCAUUCCGCAUCUGAGACGCGGCCUCUCUGUCGAGAAGAGGAUUACGUACAUCUCCGGCAGCCCUUCGGAAGCGUUCUUCAGAACUCUUCGGCCGGUGCUCACGGGGUUGGCUGGGUAUCUGCUGAGCCACCAGCCGGGCGGCGCGGAUCGCCUUGGGCGUGUCAAUCAUCGUGCCAGUGCAGAGAGCAUCUAUGAUAUUAUGACAGACGGGCCGCCAGUGACUGGGCCCAGCAACAGCGCGACUCCUCCUGCACACAGAUUUAUCGAAGUCGUCUUAGGGGCUGGCGAGUCCGCGACGGAUUUCGUAACUGGAAUCAUCGCCAACCCUCCACCGAUCCCGCAAAUUGCAGAAGCGGGCGCAAGGGGCGCGCCUGGCGCACCUGCUACCCGUGGCUCUUCCACUUUCGGGGCGAACGCUCCUUGGGUUCCGGGUAGACGCUCCGUAUAUGAUGUUGUGCCGGGAAGCCAACCUGCGUUCCCAUCUCAGCCCCGACCAAAUCGUAGCCCUCCAGGCAAUGAUGAAACCGCCGAGACGGUUCCUAGGCUUCUUGGUGACCUGGGAGUGGCCAUUGAAGCGGCCCUCGCUGCGGCUGCGGUCCUCAAUGGGGCGGAGAGAGACCGUGUCCGUCCUAUUGGGCCUGUAACUCAGCCUGUUGCCAAUACUGGCGGAAACCCUCUGGAAAACGGAGCGGCCCAGCCACCGGACCGUACCUCGGGAGGUACUGCUGCUGCCAACGGCAGAGCCGGUCCAAGGAGACGCACCGCACUGGCCGCUGCGCAAGCACUCGCCAGCGGAAACACCGUCAAUGGACACACUAUGCUUGCACAAGCGACAGGAACGACGGCGUCGGCCUCUGGUGCUUCGGGAUCUUCAGCGCUCGUUGAAAAUGACAUUGGAGCCCUGAUAGCGCCGAUUAACGCCCUGCGGAACGAAGUGAGGAACCAGGCCCGAGUAGCCUCAUUCUGGCACAUGAUGAGCUGCAGUUUGCACGCCAUCGUCUUAAUCGCAGUAUAUGGUCUCGUUCGUCGGCUCUUUGGAUGGGAGUGA